AUGACUGGUGCAUUAAAUUUGCCGAAAUGGCUAAAAGACAACUCCCACCUCCUUCAGCCGCCCAUCAACAACUAUUGUGUGUACCACCCCUCAUCUCCUUCCACUGGCGGCCUCACCGUCAUGGUGGUCGGCGGCCCCAACGCUCGAACAGACUACCAUAUCAACACAACCCCAGAAUUCUUCUACCAACAUAAAGGUUCCAUGCUACUCAAGACCAUGGAUACCUCGACCAAUCCCCAUAUGCCGGUCGACAUUCCCAUCCAUGAAAAUUCACUUUUCUUAUUGCCUGCGAACACUCCUCAUAACCCGGUACGAUUUGCAGACACAGUCGGCAUUGUGCUAGAACAACCGCGACCGGAAGAUUCCGUUGACACUCUGAGAUGGUAUUGCAAGAAUUGCGGACAUAUCGUCCAUGAGGCGAGUUUCCACUUGACAGAUCUAGGGACGCAAAUCAAGGAAGGUGUUUUGGCAUUUGAGAAUGAUCCUCAAGUCAGGACGUGUAAAAACUGCGGGACAAUGGCAACCUCCAAACCCGCCGAGGGUGAGAUACAGCAACCACCAAGGUUCCCACCGGAAUGA